AUGCACACGCCUGUGACAGCUUCCCCGGAUCACAGCAGGCGCAGCUUUGACUCCGAUGAAGAGCUUGGCAGGAACACUGUGGGCGGUCAGGACUGGGAGUUUCUGGUGGGGACAGCCAUCAGCGUGUACCAGAAUUCAGGCGGUGGGGGCAACAACUGGUCGGAGUUUGAGAAUCAGACCACCCGCUUUGGCCAGCCCACCAUCGAGGGCGGUCAGAAGUGUGGGAAGAGCAACAACUUCUGGGAUUUCUAUGAGGAUGACAUCAAACGCGUUGUGAGCCUGCAGUCAACCUGUUUUCGUCUGUCACUGGAGUGGAGCAGGAUUGAGCCAGAGGAGGGGAAGAUCGACAUGGAGGCAGUAAAGCAUUACCACGACAUCUUUGACUGUCUCCUGAGGAACAACCUGAAGCCGAUUGUGACGCUGCAUCACUUCGUGCACCCUUUGUGGUUUGACAAGAAGGGAGGUUUCACAAACGAGGCCAACAUUCCCUACUUUGUCAACUUCUGCCAGACAGCAUUCAAGGAAUACCAUGAGAAGGUUCACCUGUGGAUCACCUUCAACGAGGCAAAUGUCAUGGCCUUCUGUGGGUGGCUGUAUGGCCAAUUUCCGCCCGCCCUCUUUGGCAAUUUCAAGCUGGCCGGUCGCCAUCUGCUCACCCAGUACCGCUCGCACUCUGCUGCCUACAAAGCCAUGAAGGCUCUGCCAGGUGGCGCCAAGUCGCGCAUCGGCAUCGUGCACAAUGUGAUGCGCUACGAGGUGCUGCGUCCAGAGGCGUUCUCUGCGCGCUGGGUCAUUCCCGUAGUGGAGUGGCUCAACCGGGUGUGGGCUACGGAUCUAACUCUCGAUUAUUUCCGCACCGGCCACUUCUGCUGGCAGUCGCCGUGGGCGGCCCCUUACACGGCGCAGGACGAGGUCCCCGGCCUGGACUUUGUCGGGAUGAAUUACUACGGCAAGGUGUCCAUUGAUUGGAGGUACCAGUCUGCAGCGCUGCCUCCAGGUGUCAUGACUGACAUGCCCUUCCAGCUCGAUGCUGUGGGCAUCUAUGAGGGCCUGAAGCUGAUGAGCACGUUGAACAUGCCGGUCUACAUCACGGAGACGGGCAUAGCGGACGCCAAAGGCGACCGCCGGCCCCUCUGGCUACAGACCUACAUCCCCGAGGUUGAGAGGGCGGUGCGCGACGGCUAUGACGUGCGCGGGUUGAUGUACUGGACGCUGGUCGACAACUUUGAGUGGGCGCACGGCUUCAGCAUCAAGUUCGGGCUGUACGAGUGGGCGCCGGGUGACGGCAGCAAGCGCGUGCCGCGCGCGGCCACGCCGCUGCUGGCCGGCAUCUUCCGCGAGCUGCCGGCCCAAAUGCGCCGCGCCCACGCGCGCGCCAUCAAGGAGCGCCCUUUCAAGAAGCCCGCCGCCCCUCAGCCGUCGCCUCAGUCCGUGCUGGACGUCCGGCCUCUCGACGCCAGCCACAACGUUUGA